CGCCCGAUGACGUCAUUCUCGUUGCCGAUGACGUCAUUUCCCGCAGUGCACGGGCAACGUGUGGAUGACGCACGAGGAGAUGGAAUCGCUGCCGGCCACGCCCACCGCGGAACCGCGGGAGAUCAGCUGGGAACAGAUCCUGGCGCACGGGGACAUGAACCACGAGUGGGUGGGGAACGAGUGGCUGCCCAGCCUGGGGCUGCCCCAGUACCGCAGCUACUUCAUGGAGUCGCUGGUGGACGCGCGCAUGCUCGACCACCUGAGCAAGAAGGAGCUGCGGGGGCAGCUCAAGAUGGUCGAUUCCUUCCACCGGGUGAGCCUGCACUACGGCAUCAUGUGCCUGAAGCGCCUCAACUACGACCGCAAGGAGCUGGAGCGGCGGCGGGAGGAGAGCCAGGGGGGCACCUCGGACGUGGUGGUGUGGUCCAACAAGCGGGGCAGUGCCUGCGUGGGGAUUUGGGGGAUUCCU